AUGUUCACUCCGCAGCAGCUUACUGGCGGGCCCAAAUACCAUCACAAGACACGCAUCGGGAACUGGAGUGAGGACUUGGAACUAGAGGAGAUCAAAUUGAAAGACUACUUGAAAAAGAAGGAAACAGGCAGCCUCAUUGUCACUGCUAAGCAGAGACAGUUGGAGUCUUCCCUUCACGCCGAUGAGUUGUCUUCAUCGCCCGACGGAUUCCUUCACUUCGGCAUGAAAGUAAUGCUGGUGAACCAUCAGUCCAAGGGCGUUCUGAGCGCGAACCCGUACGAUGUUGUCGCCAAGUCCUCCCCGGCAUAUAUGAUCACCUCCAGCCCCGUCGGCAGCCCGUGCGUGCGAAAUGUCUUCGUCAUCGAACGUGCCGAUCCGAAGGAUGGCUUCGAGGAUGACACAGUGCACUACGGUCAGAACAUUCGCAUCAAACUGUGCCCCUUCUCAGAGAUCAAAGCCGAUGCUUACCUGCACAGCGAGAUGGUCACCGGACUGGCAGCUGCAAAGUUCUCCAGGCACCAGGAAGUGACAGCCCUGACUGCACCCAGUGGGGAGACGCUUUGGCAGGCUCUCUUUCCAGACACACAGGCGAGGUUUGAGAUGGAUGGCGAAGCAGUACCAGCAGGAAGCCCGCUAGUCCUUCGUCAUGUCCAAACAGGCUCUUUUCUGGCUUCUGACGAGAUCCCGUACCACAAUUUGUUUGGCGUCGAAUUUGAGGUCCACUGCUUUCAUUAUUUUUCCCUGGGCAAGUCCCAGAACCUGGUUGGAGAAAUGAAGGGCGAGAUCACAGGGGACUAUGCCCUGCGAAAGCAUGGCUUGCCCAAUAUUUGGAGCAUGAUUGCCGACAGCGGUGAGAUGGAGGGAGACAAGACGGUGGCACCGGAACAACCCUGA